CAUUUUGUACGAAAGAUUUACCACUCUUAACGAUCCGAAAAACUUCCCCGAUCAGGGAGGCGAGGCAGCCAUGGCGAAUCCCGCAAUGGAGGUGGCUUUGAUCUCUGUAAUCGUAGCUCUAUUUCUCGUUUCUGCAACUUUUGGUAGUUCAGACGCUCCUUUCAUCGUCGCUCACAAGAAGGUCAGUCUCAACAGACUCAAGUCCGGCGCUGAAAGAGUCUCCAUCUCGAUCGACCUCUACAACCAGGGACCUGCGACAGCAUAUGAUGUAAGUCUGGCUGAUGAUAGUUGGACUCAAAAUGUCUUUGACAUGGUCAGUGGUAACACUUCCAAGUCAUGGGAAAGGAUUGAUGCUGGUUCUCUUGUUUCUCAUUCUUUCGUUCUGGAAUCUAAAGUGAAAACCAUGUUCUACGGUGCACCUGCCAUCAUCAAAUUCCGCAUCCCAACUAAGGCAGCACUGCAGGAGGCUUAUUCGACCCCACUGCCACCUCUAGAUAUCCUUGCAGACAGACCACCAGAAAAGAAGUUUGAAUGGGCAAAGAUGUUGACCAAAUAUGGAUCAUUAGUAUCGGUGAUCUCCAUGGUGGUAUUGUUUGUGUACAUGAUUGCCACCCCUUCAAAAUCUGGUGCUGUAAAGGGAUGCAAGAAGAGGCGUUGAGCAUUAUAGAUGGGAAACCAGCUUCAUGGAGUGGUCUUCAAUUGGAAAUUUUUGGAGGCAAAAGCUUGUCCUACAUAACUCCUGUCAAGCUCUUCUAGUUAUUAGGUCAUACCAUUCAAACUUGUAGUAGUUAAAAACUCUUGAGAUUUUUUUGUAGCAUGGCAACGGGACAUGAAAGAUGACUUGAACCUGAGUUGAGUCACCUUGUUUUGUAGCGUUAUUGAUAAAUUCCCAGCAAUAAGUUAAGGACUAGGUUUAGUGAGAUGCAUUUACUGCAGAAAAGUAUUGGGGUUCUGAUGAUUAAA